CUCUGGGACACUGGGGCUGCCUGGAGUUGGGAGGAAGACACAGAGGAAACCUUGGCCGUGAUUGACAGCGGGGCUGUUUCUGCCACUUCCCUCGCUGUUGUCAAGUAAUAAUGAAGCUUUGUCAGUCCAUCAUGGACAUGGAUAUGCCAGAUUAUGUCGACUCCUUGGACUCCUCUUAUACCAUGCUGGAAUUCGACAACCUCCGCGUGCUCCCCAACAACACCGAGGCCAUCGCGGCCGAGUCAGCAAACCCCAACCUGCUCCCCAACGGGGUCAGCUCCCUGUGCUCCAUCUGUGGGGACAGAGCCACUGGCAAGCACUACGGGGCCUCCAGCUGUGAUGGCUGCAAAGGCUUCUUCAGGAGGAGCGUCCGCAAGAACCACGUCUACUCCUGCAGGUUCAACCGACAGUGUGUGAUAGACAAAGACAAGAGGAACCAGUGCAGGUACUGCAGGCUGAAGAAAUGCUUCAGAGCUGGCAUGAAGAAAGAAGCCGUGCAGAACGAGCGUGACAGGAUCAGCAUCCGCAGGAGCAGCUAUGAGGACAAUGGCUCUCUGUCCAUCAACAUCCUCACCCAGGCUGAGGCCAUGGCACAGCAGUAUUUACCCCUGAGCCCGGUGCACAGCGCAGACAUUGCCAUGAAGAAGAUUGCCACCAUCAACGACGUGUGUGAAUCCAUGAAACAGCAGCUCCUGGUGCUGGUGGAAUGGGCAAAAUACAUCCCAGCCUUCUGUGAGCUCCCCCUCGACGACCAGGUUGCCUUGCUCAGAGCCCACGCAGGGGAACAUCUGCUCCUCGGGGUGGCCAAGAGGUCCAUACCAUACACUGAUUUCCUGCUGUUAGGGAAUGAUUUCAUCAUCCCAAUGCACUGCCCAGAGCUGGAAAUCGCUCGUGUGGCCACCAGAAUCUUGGACGAGUUGGUGAAGCCCCUGCGGGACAUCCAGAUCGACGACAACGAGUACGCCUGCCUGAAAGCCAUCAUCUUCUUUGACCCAGACUGCAGAGGGCUGAGCGAGCCGGGCAAGGUGAAGAACAUGCGCUUCCAGGUGCAGGUGAACCUGGAGGAUUACAUCAACGACCGCCAGUACGACUCGCGGGGCCGCUUCAGCGACAUCCUGCUGCUGCUGCCGCCCCUGCAGAGCAUCACCUGGCAGAUGAUCGAGCAGGUGCAGUUUGUGAAGCUCUUUGGAGUGGCCAGGAUCGACAGCUUGCUGCAGGAGAUGCUGCUGGGAGGAACCUCUGCUGAUCUCCAGUACCAGUCAGCACCUCCCAACCUCAACCAGAAUCACUGCCUGGAACCACUGCCAGGACAUGUCCUGCAAAGCAACAUGACCUCUGUGAUCCACACUGCUCCAGACCCCUCUCCUGAGACAUCCCUUCCAUCUCCCUCUGCCAGCACAGGCAGUGAAGACUAUAAGCUAGGCUCUAGCGCAGGGCCCAGCACCGUGGUGCAGCUGCUGCCUCACACAGCCAUGUCCAAGCAGGAGAUUUGAUAGGGAGAGGAGGAAGGAGGAGCUGGGAGCUCGGUGGGAUCCGUGCUGACAGUGAACAGGGCCCUUUCUCUUUGCAGAGCCCAAGCACAGCUCGCCCCUGCCCGCAGCCGCUGCUCCCGCCCUUCCCCGCCCGUGAGCCCGGCACAGGCACGGCCUGCAGAGGAGCCCCAGCACGGAAUUCCCACCAGGAACACCCCCUGGCACAAGGAUUGGGGUGGUGCCCUCCUCAGCAGGGCCAGGACUGGCAGCUCUUUGGGUUGUCAGGGGUUGUGGCCAUGGCCUGUGACCCUUCGCUGUCCCCGUCAGUCCCAGAGCCUUGCACAGCUCCUGGUAGCCCUGUGUGCACAAAGCAGGGCCUCCAUUGGGAUUAAAAGGUCUAUUCCAGCAUAAAUUCAAUUAAUUGCACUCCCAUUUCUCCUGUUAAGCUUUAGGAAAAAGUAUCAUCACAAUCCUUUGAAGGCUAAGGCCUUAUUCCACCCACAGGGGCCUUGUCCCAGUAGGGCAGUCCCUUAAUGCUGUCCAGUUCUUUUUUAUGAUCAGGAAUGCCAACAUUUUGCUAUUUUCCCUAAUUUCCAGUAUAUCCAGAGUCCAUUUGUGAGCCAGUGGACGGACUGGCUCUCAAAUGCAUGGCUAAGGAGUGGGGAGGUGCCUUCCUCAGCAGGGCCAGGACUGGCAGCUCUUUGGGUUGUCAGGGGUUGUGACCAUGGCCUGUGACCCUUCGCUGUCCCCAUCAGUCCCAGAGCCUUGCACAGCUCCUGUGUGCACAGAGCAGGGCCUCCAUUGGGAUUAAAAGGUCUA